GAUACGAUGCAUCCUUUGGCACAACAUGAAAGUAAUGGUGCUAAUCUGACGAUUAUUGACACUGGAUUGAUAGUUUUUCCUGUGGAACAUAUAGGUUAUAUAGCUACAUGAAAUAAAAUCACGCCAUGAACACUUUACCCCCCAUUUCUUUUCUUAAAUGCCUGGACGGUGUGGUAUUGUGAGUAAAACAAAAAAAAUGUGUGUAAUAUAGCCUACCUUGAACCGUGAAAUUAGAAAAUGCCUCAAAGCAUGUCAUGUCCCGCGUUUAGGAAAUGCUACUUCUGAGAGAGAGAGAGAGAGAGAGAGAGAGAGAGAGAGAGAGAGAGAGAGAGAGAGAGAGAGAGAAGGUUAGGUAUAGGUGAAGGAAUUAAGUCACGGUGGGAGCAUAAUCCAGUUGUGACUGGAUCAGGAAUUAAGUCCAGUUGUGACUGGAUCAAGGGUGGGUGAGGGGGUAGAAGAAUGGGCUAGACUGGAGUGAAGAAAGUGGGCGUGGCAUGAUAAGUGACAAUUGCUUAUGUAUUUCACUAUUAUUCAGUGUAUUAAUUACAAACCGUCAUCCAGACAAUACGUUGCACAUCUUCUCAUUGAAUUUUAUCAUAUGAAGACAUCUACUCAUGAACACCUGUUCCAUAUUUCCUAUAAAUUAAGUGUGAAUGGGUCCGAGAAAACACAAAUUCAGCGGCAGAGACUCUAUUUCGACCACGGAGAUAACCUCGCUACUUUUGCGUCCGCACAGACGUCAUAAAUAGGUCACGACCUUGACAUCAGGUGCAUUCAAGAAAUAGCCGCCAGCCUUUGCAGUGUCAACAUCUUUACUCGAUCCAUUAUAUCGGUAAGUCUUGAGUUCCUAAGUGUCUGUUAAAUGUUAAUGUUAAGUUGUAAACCUUUGUGUCUAUCACAGUGACAGUCAUCUCCCAUUGUCUGCCAACUUAAUGUCAACCUCACAGUGUGAACUAUAUAAUUAAAUUGUCUAAAAUUUAAGGAACGUCACAUAUUGUCUACCAAACUUUACAAUGUCAGUCAACCUAACAGCUGUUUUUUUUUGUUUUUUUUUCUUUCUUUUUAGCUGUGCUGGACACCCCAUCAUGGCUGAAGGAGGCAGCAUUAUUGAAGGUAUCAACAAAACAUCUGAAGAUGGCAGUGAAGCUGAAGGGGGUGAUGCAGUUGAACAGACAACUGGAGAUGGCAGUGCAGCUCGUGAUGCAGUGCACAGAUUUAGAAGUCAGACCAGGAAAAUAAUACUGAAUGUGUACCAUUUCUUUCGCGGACAGUGGGGGACAGAUUCCAGCAGUGAAGUAGUGGAGAAAACCUCGAAGGCUACAGAUGUGUCAGUAAGCACAGUGAAAAGGAUUAGGCAAGAGGCAGCUAGACAUGGCGGCAGCAUCCUCCCUUCACCUGUUCAGCAAAGCAAGAGAGUGAGACUGAGGGGCAACAUCGACAGUUUUGACAAGGACUGCAUCAGGAAGGAAAUUUUAUCUUUCUAUGAAAGAGGAGAACUGCCAACUUUAUCUGCCCUUCUUGAGAAAGUAAAGGAGGAGCCAGUGAAUUACCAUGGUGGAAAAACAACAUUGUGGAAAAUUGUGAGAGGGCUUGGAUUUCGGCACAAAAAAGUGACAAGUGGCAGAGCUAUUUUAAUGGAGCGAGGUGACAUUGUGGCACAUAGAACUGAAUACUUAAGACUGAUUGAAAAAAAUAGAAAUUGCAGCCCCUCCACACGCAGACAAGAAGUGUACAUUGAUGAAACAUGGGUAAACCAAAAUGAAUGUGUGCAACGAUGCUGGGCAGUGGCUGAUGGAUCAGUUGGACCGAAACUUAAAACUGGUAAAGGCUCAAGAUUCAUCGUGGUACACGCCGGAAGUGAAGAGGGUUUUGUUCAGGGUGCACUAAUGCUGUUUCGGUCAAAGUUUGGUGCAAAAGGUGAUUACCAUGAUUCCAUGGACCAUGAAAAAUUCAAAAGGUGGUUUGAGGAGCAGCUGCUACCAAACAUAAAUGAAAGAUCGCUAAUAAUCAUGGACAACGCGUCUUACCACAGCAAAAUUGAAAAUAAAAUUCCAACGUGCAGCAACAGGAAAAGUGAAAUUGUUGAAUGGCUUUCUGCUAAUAACGUCCAACACGAUCCAUCAGUGUCAAAACAGAAACUAAUACAAAUAGCAAAACUAAACAAAGAAAAGCAGAGAUACGUGAUUGAUGAAAUAGCCCGUGCCAAUGGACAUCAAGUGCUGCGACUGCCACCUUAUUACUGCCAGUUUAAUCCAAUAGAACUUAUUUGGGCACAGGUAAAGAGUGACGUUCGGUCCAAAAACUCUAAUUCAAAUCAGUCCCUUAAAAUUGUCGAUGAACUUACAAGAGCAGCAAUAAAUAAAGUCACCAAGGAAGACUGGAAAAAGUGUAUUGCUCAUGUUAAGAAAAUAGAGGAUGAAUACAGAAGUAAAGACAUCGCUAGGGAACAUCUUCUUGAAAACUUUGUAGUGAAUAUCAAUGAUGAGACCGAUGAAACAAGCGAGGGAAGUGGUGAUGAGUUUGUGUAACCUCUUUGUAUGCUUGUGAACUCGACGACAGACGCAACACAUAAUUUCAUCUUAUUUUCCAGACAAUCUUUUGACAUGGUUUGACUUCUCUCUCUCUCUCUCUCUCUCUCUCUCUCUCUCUCUCU